UCAAGCCCCCCUCCACCUCCCCUCAGUAGAAACUGUGCCUGAUUUGUGGCCGAUGUUGGAGAUGUAACCUAGAGGAGGGGGGAGAAAAAGGAGAAGGAGGCAAAAACACUACGAGGAGGGUAGCUAUGGAGAUGGAGCACUUUCCUGCCUGCUUUCUUUGACAGGUGUCGAGUAAGGGAGGGUAAAGAAGGAAAAAAGUCUUGAAAGCAGAGUCCAACAUGUACGCCAAAGGUAAAGGAGCUGUCGUGCCGUCCGAUAGCCAAGCGAGGGAGAAGUUAGCUUUAUACGUCUAUGAGUACCUGCUACAUGUCGGCGCUCAGAAAUCAGCACAGACCUUCCUGUCUGAGAUCCGGUGGGAGAAGAACAUUACUCUAGGAGAGCCCCCAGGAUUCUUGCAUUCAUGGUGGUGUGUAUUCUGGGACCUGUACUGCGCGGCUCCGGACCGACGCGAAACCUGUGAGCAUUCCAGUGAGGCCAAGGCCUUCCAUGACUACAGCGCGGCAGCAGCCCCCAGUCCGGUUAUGGGAAACAUGCCCCCUAAUGAUGGAAUGCCUGGAGGACCCAUGCCCCCUGGCUUCUUUCAGGGCCCUCCCGGCUCGCAGCCGUCUCCCCACGCACAGCCUCCCCCACACAACCCCAGCAACCCCAUGAUGGGACCCCAUGGCCAGCCGUUCAUGUCUCCGCGGUACCCAGGUGGACCCCGGCCGUCCCUCCGUAUGCCAAACCAGCCUCCUGUUGGAGUUCCAGGGUCACAGCCACUCUUGCCAAACAGUCUGGAUCCCACUAGACCACAAGGACAUCCCAACAUGGGCGGCCCAAUGAGAAUGAAUCCGCCUCGAGGGAUGGGUGGCAUGGGCCCACAGAACUAUGGUGGGAUGAGGCCACCACCCAACUCUCUCGGUGGGCCUGGCAUGCCAGGAAUGAACAUGGGUCCAGGAGGGCGAGGUCCUUGGCCGAAUCCCAACACUAACUCUAUAGCAUACUCCUCUUCAUCUCCGGGCAACUAUGUGGGUCCGCCAGGAGGAGGUGGGCCUCCAGGUACCCCCAUCAUGCCUAGUCCAGGAGACUCCACAAACUCCAGUGAAAAUAUCUACACAAUGAUGAACCCCAUCGGUCCAGGAGGCAACCGGCCCAAUUUCCCGAUGGGUCCAGGCCCUGACGGCCCGAUGGGAGGGAUGGGCUCCAUGGAGCCUCAUCAUAUGAAUGGAUCAUUAGGUUCUGGUGACAUGGAUGGGUUGCCAAAGACUGUGCUUGUUCUGCAGAACUCGCCCAACAACAUGGCAGGUAUGAACAACCCACCGGGCACGCCACGGGACGACGGAGAGAUGGGCGGAAACUUCCUCAACCCGUUCCAAAGCGAAAGUUAUUCACCCAACAUGACGAUGAGUGUGUGAUUUCUUCUUUUUUAUUAUUUGAUUUUUUUUUUUUUGUUGUUGUUUUAUUUUAUUUUGUAUUUGUUUUGUACCCUUCCGAUUCCGACCCUCGUUCCUUUUGAACCUUCUCCACUCUGGUUCCCACCCCUGCCCGUGGGACUUUGGGCCGGGACCCCUGCGCAGCCUCCUGGGACUCAGGCCAAGGCGGCCCAUUCCGGGGCGUGCAAAAUGGCCUGCAACAGGAAGCAGCCCCCGAGCCACAGGAAGAGCCUGCUGACUGACUCGCCCUGCCUGCCGGGCUUUCUCUCUGGCUCAGGACACUGAAGGGGGGCUUCAAAACCGUGCAUACACACACACGCGCACGCACGCAUGCACACGCACACACACAUAUACACAAAAGGACGGACUGAUGGGCAGGAACGCGUGAGCCCGCAGCGCUUGACUUUGGCUGCUCGACUCCUUUUAAAACUCACUCCAUCUCUUGUUAUCUUGUUGAUUUUGAGUUUUGUUCUUUCUUUCUCAAUGCAGUAGUUUUCACCUCGGGAUUUCUGAUCCUGUUUUUUUUCCCACCCCUCACCCUCCAUUUCAAUGUGUACAUUUUUAAAUGCAAGAGUGAACUCAUGAAGAUGUGAUGGGCUAUGAAAGUUUUCAUUAUUUUUGUGUAUGUAUUGUAUUAUUAAUGAUUGUUUUUUUUUUUUAUUAUUAUUAUUUUGUAUUAAUAUUUCAAUGAUUAUUGAUUAGGGUAUUUUUCCUCAGAAGGGCACAUUGUAUCUCAACAACCACGAAACCGACAGAGUAAGCACAUUCAUGAUACAUGGCGGGAAACAUCCCAUCAUUUUUGUGAUUUUAGUCUGUGUUCUAAUGUUUUGGGCUGAAAGCUUUGUAUAUUUUUUUAUUUUUCAAUUGUGUUUUGAAAUUCCAGUAUAGCUUCGAUAUCCCACUUGAGAAAGGCGUUCCAGGGUGCAAAGCAUUUCAGUAACUUCACUCCAUGCUUUCGCAGUCAUCAGGUUCUCUAUCCAGCAGUCCAGGGUCGCUGUAACUCAACCCAACCUGGCCUGGGACGUAAAUUCACUCCUGGUCUACUUUUUUGUUGUUGUUGUUGUUUUUUGUGUUUUUUUUUUUUUUUUUUUUUUUUUUUUUUAACAGAGUGGGAAAAUGCUGUUGCCCCUUAGCUGAAAACGUGUUCGCUUAAAGAAAGGCAUUUUAUUGUGGUACUAUAAAUAGUGGUUAUAAUUCUUAUUAUAACUCAGUCAUAUUUUAUUUAUUAUUUUACCUUUUUUUCUUUUUAAUGAAUUGUCGUGUGUAUGUCUUGCAACAUGCAACGCUUCAGGACAUAUUGUAAACAUGUAAAUAUGCCAGUCUAAGAUACCUCCUACUGAUUUGUACCGUUGUACCCUCUGUAUACUCUGCCCUGUUUUUCAACCCCGCCCUCCAGCAUGUUCAGAAAAACAAGGCGUCUCGGGGAAACAGGCGCCCGCUGAGACACAGUCACGUGGUUUUUGUUCUUUCCGAUAGAACGGAAAGAACUGCUUUCGGCUCAGCAGCGCGUAGCAGAGGAGGCCGCCGGUCCUCCGCCUCGCCCCGGCUUCGGCUCCUGGAACACAUUUUGUUUGAACCCAACCCCCAAAAAUCUGCAGAUCUUCAGUACAUUUGCUGAUGUUCCUGCAAGGUACUGUCACAGUGUCUGUCCCCAAGUCUGUUGUACAGACGUUCUGCAAAACUGUGGUUGAAAUCUUGGUCGAACGCUGCUUGUAAAUAACCCCCGGCUACUGUGUUGUUACUAGCCAAACUAAUCUGACUGUGACUUUUUUUAUUUUCCCUGUUGGAGCACACUGCAUUGGAAGACUACCUAGAACUGCCCUAGAACCCUGAACCUCCAUCCAGGUUUCUUACGAACAUUCACGUCUCAAAACCAUCAAUGUGACCGGCUCCACGACGGGUGCUUCUCAUUGAAAACUGACUUUCUCAAUCUUCUUGUGUCUGGAGGCCCUCGACACAACACACUGUGGCUGUGAACCCACACCAACGUGCGGAGCUCCACAUCACUCGGCAUCAGUGCAGUGUUCCUCCUGUUUUGUUUCUUUUCCCGCCUGUUUUCGUUGCGUUUAAGCAAAAUGUGUUUUAGGAUUCAGUCUUGCGCUGAGGAAACUAUCCUCAGCCGAAUAAACCACCGAGGAGAGGCAUGUGAAAUGGUCAGUAAGAGGUAACGAGUCAUGGACAGGGCCCUCAACGCCAGGAGCCUCUCGUUUCACUCUUUCACUUCAGCGUACUCCCAAAGCCUCUUCAGCUUUCAGUCUGUCGACCACCCUCUAAACACAUCAUGUCUCUUCUAUUUUUGUUCUGUUUGGUUGUAAAUACUGUAAAAUGCAUUUUGAUAUCAUUGACAUGUUUUGAUAUUUCCGUCACUACCAAUGAACACAGCGCUGGUUUAAAAAAAAAAAAAGAUGUAAAGAAAAAACACAACUCCCAUUUAUAGCUGAAGAGACAGCAAACUCUCUGUCCCUGGCCAUUCCCCCAGUGUACAACCAACACAAGACAAGUGGAAAAGGAGGGAACAUUUGGUGAACCCCUUUUUGUACUGACCUACAGACACAUUUAUUUAAAAAAAAAAAAAAACAAUAAUGUAAAGAUGAAAGUUUGAUAUGUGGAAGGGUACCAGGUGGCGAGAGGCAGCUCUGUAGCAGAAAACCACGCGGUCCCUCCUCACACACAAACGUGUUUCAGACUUCAGUGCUCAGGAUCAGCGUCCGUCUUUUAUGAAAGAUGACGUCACGUGGUUCCCCUGGAGACGGGAAAAGGCGCGAAAAAGAAGACGUGAACAUUUAAGGCCUUCGUGUACUUUCAGCAGAAAGAAGCUGCGCAAAGCCGACACCAGCUUACAAGCUUGUACGUUUUCUGCGGCUUCGUUUUCGGCCCGUUUGCACUGACCAAUCACAGGCCUUGUUUGUUUUCUCCACAGUUACGUCAUACUGGUCGCCAAAGCCAGAAGCUGCAAAAAAAAUAGCGAGGCUUUUUUUUUUGGCUUGUUUGUUCAGUUUUUGGAGUUUGUGUUUUUUUGGUCACUCACGUUAAUUGAAUGCUGAUUUACCUUUUUUUUUUGUCCCUUGUUUUUUGGUCUCCAGGGAAACCAUGUUACGAAAUAAAAACAAAAACAGGCCAUUACGCAAACGCGUUUCACGUUCUCGCAAAAAACUUGCGCAUCUCUGAAAUGUUAAGGGACCACAGACUUUGCUAUGAAGGAUUUCUCUCUUUUUUUAAAUCUAUUUAAACUAAAAAUGUAUAAAAAAAAGACGAUUAAGAAAAAGCGUACCUACGAGUUGUAAAAAGUAGUAAUAAAAAGGGAGGGAGCAUCGGGAGAAGCUGUUUUUUCUAGGUCGCCGUUGUCCUCGCCCUUGUUCUCCGUGUAAAACUUGUCACAUCGGCCGUUUCCGUUCCACCGUCGUGCUGUUAUGAUGAUGUACCAUUAGCAGGAAUGGCAGGGAGGUGAGGAUGCGUAAAAGGGGUCGGGGAUGAGACCAUUUUUCUCCUGCGCCGUUUCAUCGUUCUUUCCGAGAAACAAAACAACAAAAAAGCAGUAUUGAGUAUGAAGCAGUGGCCUCCUCGGUUUUGCUUUGUAUUUCAUGUUAGGCUAGUUUGGAUCCUCGUCUUAGGGGCUUUUUUCGUGUCUCGUGUAGUUAACGAAGUCCUUUGUAUGUUUCUUUAUAUUGUAAAGUUUCUUUAGACUGAAAAAAGUCGUUUAUUGAAAAGAUGGGAAAACUGCAUCAAUAAUAAAUGUAUUUUUUUGGUUGUUUUCUUUUUUUUCUUCAUGGAGUCGUCACUUAUUUUUGCUCGUGUCCCUUCGUUGUAGAUAAAAAUUUAAGACUAAUAAAAUAACGUAACCCCUUUUACCAA